AAAACCAGAGAUCGGAGGAAGAAGAUAGUGGGAGGCAGCUUCUGUGGAAACCCGGGAAAAAAACGUUCUCUUUUCUUUCUCGUUCUCGUUCCGAGUCUCUUCGUCUUCCCCACUUCAAACUCGAACCUCAAGAACCAACUGUAGCUCUGGAUGACUAUGCAGCCCAGCACCACCGAAAUGCAACAGGGAAUCAACUCUUCCUCCUCCUCCUCCAUGAACUCUUCUCAAAUCCCUCUUCACGACCAGGUCCCACAACCUGACCUUCACGACGAUUUCCUCGACCAAAUGCUCUCCAACCUUCCUUCUUGCUCCUGGCCUGACCUCAACCCCAAGCCCUUCUGGGACCACCCUCUCAAUCCCUCCUCCUCCUCCGCCGCCGAUGACGACCACAAUAAUGCCGCCGCUUUCCACUUCGAUGACAAGUUUCGCAACCACCAGAUCCCUCCCACCUCCGCUCCCGCUCCCAAGUCCAUCACCGCCGAGGCCGUGGCUUUGAUGCUUCAGCGCCAGCUUCUCACGUCCAGAGCUGCCGCCGAUUCUAGCCUUCUUCAGAUGCCCUUGUCUCUCGGUGCAGGGGGAAACUUCGACCCUUCCCGUAACGACGUCGGUGAUGGUUCCUCCUUCAAAUCUCAUAUUCCGGCCGGCGAGGGUACCGUCCAAUCUCUGUACAACGGGUUCGCCGGAUCUAUGCACGACGCCCAUCAAGCUUCCAACCAGUCCCAACAUUUCCAUCAUCCUCAGAAUUAUGGAGCAUCAGGCACGCCAUCGACGAACCAGGCCCCGACGAACGGAGCUCCGGCACAGCCGAAGCAGAGGGUCAGGGCAAGGAGAGGUCAAGCGACGGACCCACACAGCAUCGCGGAGAGGCUGCGAAGGGAGAGAAUCGCAGAGAGAAUGAAGGCCCUGCAGGAACUGGUUCCAAAUGCCAACAAGACAGACAAGGCCUCAAUGCUGGACGAGAUAAUAGACUAUGUCAAGUUCUUACAGCUCCAAGUUAAGGUUCUGAGCAUGAGCAGAUUGGGCGGUGCUGCUGCUGUUGCUCCUCUUGUUGCUGAUAUCUCCUCUGAGGGAGGUGAUUGCAUCCAGUCCACCGCCGCUCGCAACUCGAACGGCAACCAAACGGCGUCGUCCUCCAACGACACCCUGGCCCUGACGGAGCACCAGGUGGCCAAGCUCAUGGAGGAAGACAUGGGCUCCGCCAUGCAGUACCUCCAGGGGAAAGGUCUCUGCCUCAUGCCAAUCUCCCUCGCCACCGCCAUCUCCACCGCCACGUGUCACUCCCGGAACCCCUUGGUCCCCACCGCUACCAACCACCAUCCCGCCGCAGCGUCCAACGGCAACGGGGUGGAAGGGCCAUCCUCUCCCAGCAUGUCCGUGUUGACCCUCCAGUCCACCGCUACUGCGGUUAAUGACGGCGCCGUUAAAGACGCGGCCUCCGUUUCGAAGCCGUGAAGGGUGACGCCAUUUGUUGGCUGACUUUGGCGCCAAGGUAAAGCCAGAAAGCGCCAAAAGACAAGGAAGUGACGUGGAUUUUCUUUAGAAGAGUGUGGGGCCCCCAUCUGAAGUUACGAAAAUAAGACGCCACUCAAUGCGGAGGUCCCCCUCAGACGACGCCGUAUUUACGUAGACUUUGGCGUAUGCGAGCUUUGAGACGAGCCGAUGACAUCUCUCCACCACCGUCCUCAUAGUAUUUUUAUUUUUUCUCAUCUUUGGCUUUUGGUCUAUGAUUUUUUUUUUUUGAAGUAGAAAUUUUAAAAUAACAUUACAAUUGUGACUGUGUACAGUCUAUGCAUUUCAACAUGAUGAUUAAGAA